AUGGUCGAGCCAGAAUCUGGUAUCUUACGCCUUGCAACCGAGUUGCGUCAGAUGAUUUACGAUUACAUUAUCAGCGCCAAAUCAGACCGAACCAUCAAGGUGACACUGGAUAAUUACGGCGAUAUUCAUUUCGAGAAUUGCAAGUUCAUUCUGAAUCUUGUCUGCACUGACACCGUCUUUAGACAAGAAGUGCCCUCCUACUUGUUUGAGCGUUUCACCUUCGUGUUGACAGACAGCAAACGUACCUGCUACCCUAUUGUCGAGGCUUUCUCCAAAGCCCUUUCGCCGAAGAAUCGCGUCUGUGUACGAAAAAUUAUCAUUCCAUUCUUCACUAACCGAGACUAUUUCAAUCCCCCACGCCCUAGCCUUCAGAGAGAAGACGCCUUUGAUUCACGCGGUUGGGACUCAAUGGAAAGUAUCAGAUUAAAGGGGAAGCAGAGGAUGGCACAUAAGAGGUUGAUCCAGCAGGAGUUAAUACAGGAGAAGUUGUUGCGUCAGGGUCUUUCCUCCGCUCUCUUACUACUAAACUCGAUGCCGGCUCUGAAGAAUCUCGAACUGGGUGUCGAAGUCACCGAGGUCAUUGGGUAUGUCGACAGUGGGACUUUCAUCUUGCCUAGCAGUAGUGAGUUCCUCAUAUGGCUGGCUACAAUUCGGUCGUCUGGAACAUUCGCUCUUAAUCACCCUUUGUCUUUAGCGCUGCACUCGAUCAAAAGCAUGGGGAAGCUUCGACAAGUAGAAUUGAAGUUGAAGUGGAGCAACUUUAUCUUCGAUUCAUACAACAGGGCUGGUCAUAGAUUUCCGCAGGAAUGGACGCAGACUGUUAAAGAAGAAUUGGAAGGGUUGUUCGAAGACUUCCUACGGCGUGAACCCUGGCCUAAGUAG